UGUCUGUGUGUAAGAAAGAGAGAGAGAGAAAAAAUCAACUGCAUGAAACAUGCCUAGUAGAGAAAAGUGUAUUUAAAAGAUAACUGCAGCAAUUUCUCAUUCCCUUCUGUCAAUGCAUGUCAGUAAAGAGCUGUGAAAUUCGAGCUUGUACAAGCAGGAAUUAAACAUCUGUGAAUAACUUUAAAUUUAUGGCUAUCCACUGGUUGUGGUAUUGAUUGGAGUACCUUGUCAUGGAUUUGAUUGUCCUAACUGCACAGAUGAGUUAGAUGUGUAGUAGUUGAAUGCAGUUUGGUUCAGGCCCAUAUUGUAUAACAUCUAAGAUAGGAGUGUAGUUGGGAGUUUAGUAGUGUAGUAGUUUAGUAUAAUGGUGACAGUGUAGUAUAAUGGGUAAGGAGUUGGUCUUGUAAUCUAACGGUCACAGGUUUGAUUCCCGGGUAGGACACUGCCAUUGUACCCUUGAGCCAGGUACUUAACCUGCUUUGCUUCAGUAUACAUCCAGCUGUAUAAAUGGAUGCAAUGUUAAUGCUAUGUAAAAAAAAAAAAAAGUUGUGUAAGUCGUGUCUGCUAAAUCCCUGUAAUGUAAUUAUCAGCUUUUCAUUUCUUAAGCUGGAAUAUGGACAGGGGAGUUCUGAUGCUCUGAGACACUCCAUAUAUGAGCCCAGAACUGAUCAUUGGUAAAGGCAAUCCCAACAAAGGAGGCAAUAAAACGAUGCACUUUGGUUUUUAAUAUUGAUAAUAAUGAUUAUUUCCUGGUCUCCCUAUAUGUAAUGGAUGGUUUAUUAGGAGGCCCAUCGCUGCAUUUUCCACCAUUAGUUCAUGCGAGAGCAGGCAAGCAUGCCUUUCUUGCUGCCUCUGAUUUUGUGAAACUCAUUAUGUUGGAGGAAUUUACUUCAUUUGCUGCAGAUGCAGACUGAUGUCAGAUUCCCAGUUGACCAGAAGAGUAGUCAGCUGCCCCUGGGGUUGCCAGCCACAGUCAGCACUGUCCAGUUUGAGUUCAAUACCAGGCGUUUGGGAGAAAUUGAAACACUUAGAAAGGCCCUUAGCUGCACCAGCCACCUGAAAAGGCUGUGAUGAUUAUAGUUUCGAAUGAAAAGUACAAGAUUAUUUGACUUUUGCUUUCAAUAAUGUUUUAAAGGUGCUUUGCCCUAACUUGUGCAACUUUUUGUUGCAGCUGUAAUUAAAGGUGAACUUUGUCUCACGCUAAAAAAUACAAAUAAAAAAAUAAAAAUACGUUGUUCAAGAUUGAACUGGCCACAGAGUAAGUAAGGUGUGUCCACAUGCCCUGACGCAUUUCUCUGUCUAGUCAUUGUACAUCGGGUCAUUCCCAGCUUAAAUAACCUUUGAGAAAAUGAUGUGAUUUGUCAUGUUUGUGUCCAAAGGUUUUCCAUAAAACAAUCGAUAAUGUGUUAUAUUAUGCAGCCAUAGUCUUGUUCCUCUAUUGAAAAAUACAGUAUUUUUGAUGAAUCAUGAUGAAUCCAGGGAGGGUAUUUUAAAGUUUAAAACUGUCAUUUCAUUUUAACACACUCCCCCAGACAUGGAUUUCGCCAGUUUCAUUCUGUGUAGCCAACGUUAAGAUACAAAGUUGGAAUAUUAUGGGCAAAGGUGAGGGCUUAAGUGAUAUAUCUGCUCCAAAUGCAUCAGCACAAAUUUACUAAGUAAUUUAGUUGUUGUGUUGAAUAUCAGCAGUGCUAUCCAAUAUGUUCUCCAUUAACAGUAGAGAAGCUUUUUGACAUUUUGGAUGAAAUUACAUUAUUACAUAUCACAUAUCACAAAGACAACUGUGAAAGACCCUCUUGCUGUAUUAAAAAAAACUAUCUUUAUAGUUGCAAAAUGUGUUUAAAUGUGAAAUAGGCAAAUUUGCACUACUUCUGUAUCUUGUCAUGUUACUAUAACAAUCCUUAGAUUCAUGAAUGAGCUAUAACUGUCAGUAGUAUAAUAAAUUUUAUUGACUGAUAUGUACUAGUGAAUGGCACGUGCAUAAAACCGUAUCUGUGGAGAACUUGAAGAAGGUGACACUCUUACUACAGAGAAAGGAAGUGAUUCCAUGCAAAGUACUGGAAGGUACACUAGGCACUAUAUUGAUAAGCCACUGCAUAGUGUCACUUAGUCUUACGCAAAAAGACAAAAACCAUGAACAUAUUUUGCCUUUAAAAUGUCAAUAAUUUGAGCAUGUGGAUUCUGAAUAAAUGUAUAUGUAGCAAAUAUCUUGACAAUAUAUAUAUAUUUUCACUAUAGUCCCAUCAGGGUAGACUGCAGCCUACUGAACUGUCAUAAUAUAACUCUGUGCAAGCUACUUACUUCUCCCUCUUACUAUGUCAGAGCAUACUUUCCUUAUUGAGUUAGCGCACACAGCAGGAAGUGCCAUCAUGCUGACUGGCUUAAAUAAGCUCUCACAAAAAUGUUAGGCUAUGUCUAACACGGUUGUUUACGUUUGGCUUUCAGUAUAUUGCAAGCAAGGUACAAACCAAAUAUCUUUUUGCCAUUAGUUUGUUUAUUCUUGAUGUAAUAACACUGUCUACAUUUUGAAUCCACUGGAUAUAAAACUUUCAUGUUUACAAAGCACAACUUAAAGUAUAUAUUUAAGUAUAUGAAAUAUAUGAAGAAUGAAAGGACGAAACCAGCCAGAGCAGUAGUAUUGCUCCCUACUGAGCAAUAUUGCUUCUCCCUCCGCCUUCAUUUUUGUCGGGAUUACGUAAAUCCUUAACACACCAGUAGUUCAAAUCCCUUUUUAAAAAAACACUGUGCUUAGUGUAUUUUAGGGCCUAAUCAACAUGUACUGAAACAUACAGAAAAAAAUGUGCAUACUCUAUCAGGGCUUUUAGGUGGCGAUACCCAGCUAAAUCAGUGCUGGUUUUGAGUGCCAUUAUCUUCCCCACAGACUAGUAAUCUAUUUGUGCCUCUGCUGACAAUGCCAGCACGUAAUUGGCUAUGGCGUCAGCCAGGGUGGAUGUCAACCAGCUGGAUAUUGCCCACCUCGUCAUGCAAUAGGUAGACCUCUGGUCUGAAUAAGCAGCACCACUGGUGGACAGCUGAGUUUUGGAUGAGAUGUGUGAUAGUUUGAGCCUCUCUUGGAUGACAGUGCACUAAAGGGAUGGGCCUAAUUUAUAACUGAGCAUUCAGAAUUAUGGAAGAUCAGUUAAUUCCAGCUGCACUCCAACCUUGCUGGCUUCCGUAGCACUCUGUAGGCCUACCUUGCGACUGCUGCCGGUGGACUUUUAGAUUUGAUUCCCAGCGUCCAUGGCUAAGCCUCAGCCGCAGGCUGGAGACCACCUGUCCUCCCCAGAUGGAGGAUGGGGGUGGGUGGUGGUGGGGGCCCUGUUUAUGGCCUCAGCUCUGGUGUUCGGCCUGCUCAGGAGUCUGGGGGUCUUCUUUGUGGAGUUUGUGCAGUACUUUGAUAAGAGUGCACAGGCCGUGUCCUGGAUAACCUCAAUCGCGGUGGCCAUACAGCAACUAAUGAGUCCAGUGGGCACGGCGCUGUGUAAUGCUUAUGGGGCACGGCCAGUGGUGAUGACAGGCGGCUUUCUGUCUGGCUUGGGCCUCGUUCUGGCCUCUCAGGCCACCUCCCUCACACAUCUUUACCUCACAAUGGGCCUCAUCACAGGCUCUGGCUGGGCCUUGGUCUUUGCCCCUACUGUGGCCUCUGUGCUGCAGUACUUCACCCACCGCCGCUCCCUGGCCAUGGCCCUGGGCUUCACUGGGGUGGGCCUGUCCUCGUUUGCCUUCUCUCCCCUCUUCCAGCUCCUGGUGAAGCUGUACGCCUGGAGGGGGGCGCUGCUCAUCCUGGGGGGCCUCAGCUUCAACAUGAUGGUCUGUGGGGCCCUCAUCCGGCCUCUGCCUGCCCCGAAAGCCUUGGAGCAGAUAGGAAUUGACAAAGAAAAGAAGAAAGCCUCAUUUAGCUCCUUCUUCAAGCGAGCGUUCAUCUACCUCGAGCUCCCACUGAUGGGCGAGCGGGCCUUCCUGACCUACGCCCUGGCCAUCACCCUUUUCAACUGCGGCUACUUCGUGCCUUACGUCCACCUGGUGGCCCACAGCCGGCACGUGGGCUUCUCCGAGUACCAGGCGGCCUUCAUCAUUUCGGCCACGGGCGUGACGGACCUGGUGGGGCGCGUGGUGUCGGGCUGGGUGUCGGACCUGGGCCGGCUGCGCCUGCUCCACGUGCUGUCCCUCUGGACCGGGCUGACGGGGCUGUUCAUGGUGCUGCUGCCCGUCGGCUCCGUCGAGGGCUCCUACGCGGGCCUGCUGGCGAUCAGCCUGGUGUACGGCUUCUGCUCCGGCGCCAUGUCGCCGCUGGUCUUCUCCGCCGUGCCCGAGAUCGUCGGGAUGCAGCGGAUGCUGGGCGCCCUGGGUCUGCUGCAGCUCAUCGAGAGCUUCGGGGGGCUGCUUGGAGCGCCGCUGUCCGGCUGGCUGAAGGAUCAAACAGGCAGCUACAUGGCCUCCUUCCUGGUGGCGGGCGGGUUCAUCAUGGCUGGGACCCUGGUGUUGGCAGCCUUGCCCAACUUCUGGUCCUGCAGUCCACCCCCAGCCCCAAUGAAACAGAGCCACAGCCAGGACAAAAGUCCUGAGUGUGGACUGCAGUACAAUGCCAUCCUCUCUCCAUCCCCGUCUGAGACACAACACAGAACAGGACUGACACCCCCCUCCCAGCGUAGUCUGCAAGACCUUCAGAACUGCCAGCCAGAUCCACAGCUCUCAUUGCUGACCACGCCCACAGCUGAUGAUGACACAGAUCACCCGAAGGUGCUGUGAAAAUAUCGAGAUGGUGAGGCAAGUGGCUGUAGUGGUGAGGUCAAGAGCCUAUUUCCCUUCUUAGAAACGAACGUGCAAAUAAAUGUCAAUGGCCGACAGCGAGCCGGCUACAGUACCAACAGCAGUCACCCGAAUAUCACAGAAUCGCUGUGGGGUGUAAAAAUGAACUGGGUGGUGUUUGGAGGUGUUACAUGUUUGAAAAUUGUGGUCCUGUUUUACAAAAUCACAGUUUUGAAACACAUUGCAGAGAGACCAGCGUUACAACUUUACAAAUAAUUGAGAAUGCAAGUAAAAGAUGAGAGUUUGAAAGCUGAAAGAUAUAAAGCGAGAUGAGGAAAACAGUUCGCUCUCACCACUGCAAUUCAGGAGCCCCCUCCAGUACCCCUUACCGAGAGAAGGCUUGUUUGUUUCCUGUACCCUGAUCUACAUUUGCUUUUAACUAGAAGGAAAGGACAAAUAUUGAUUGAAUCCUGAGGAAUAAUAAUGUAUAAUCAGUACCAUGAAUGGGAUGUUAUGAUAUAGCACAAGAUCAUUUCAUUGCAGCAAUGCAUAACUGUAGUGCACAAAGCUUGGAAGCACCAGUUCACAAUAGGUAACAGCCCCUUUCCUUCAUUGAUUUAUUUGCCCCGUAUCGGAAACCUAUCUACCAUGUCUCCUCAGGUUUGUAAACGCAAUGUCUUAAGGUAUGGUAUCACAUUAUUUGUUGCAUAAUAACAUUGCUGAAUUUUCAAGUAUUUGCUUAAGGACUACAAUAUAUGUCUUCUUUUUCACAAAUUGAAAUUUGUGGUAGAAAUUGCUUAUCAGCUCCUGAUAAGUGUCAGAUAUCAUAGCGGAAGUGUAAUUUAUGAUUUGUUUUAAUCAAUGGACCAAAAAAGGUACAUUACUCUUCUUUGGUUCAGUGUUGUUAUUAUACUUGAACAAAGUCACAUCCUUCUAAAUGAACAAAGUGCAUUCAGGGCUUGCAUGCCCAUGGCAACUUUGAUUGCAUCUUAUCUUAUCUCAUCAAAAUGUUAUUGCACUAAAUGUUAAGAUCAUUUAGCUCAAAUAUUGUAUAUUGAUACUGGAAGCAAUUUACCAAUAACAAAUGAAUAGCGGGAUGCAAAGCUGUCCAUAUCAGUUAUGGAAUUCUACAUCCGGUCAAGUUAUCAUUGCACAAUAAUCACACGUGGUUCGCAGUGAUGGCUGCUCAGGGGGAUGGUCUUACCUAAUACAGUGGACGAUGUAAAACAGAGGGUUUCUGUUGUCUCUGAACUGAGUGCCUUACUUUUCAAAUCACCAAAUUAUAUGCUACAUGUGGUUCCGCCAUGCCAAGAUAUAAAGUAGCUGAGAGCCUCAUCAAGUUAUUUUUAUAUUUUGUGCUCGUGUACAUUGAUGUACUUUUUUGGUUUUUGGUGUGCCAAAAGUAUGUUCUACCUUGCCAGUUCUUCUCUAUUAGCUAAAUAUUAAAAGUAUUUGUACCAAAAACUGUUAGUGUUGACGUAUUUUCAAAGCCCUCUAUAUUCUGCUCAUAUAUCUAAAUGAAGUCUUACUGUACAGCAGAAGCCUCUAAUCGCUUCCGCCCUACAUUCCACUGCCAGCUACUUGUACAGAGUUCAGAGUGCACAGCAUAACUAGCAAAUGUUUUCCAUUUGCAGUUCCAGAGCAUGCAAGGACAUAUAUUUGUGUUUAGAUUGAGUCCAUACUUCCUUUCAACAGGCACCACCCUGCAAUUAAUACAUUAGGCUGUCAUUAUCAUUGACAGGCAUAUGACUGAGAUUGGUCCCUGUGAUACAGUAUGACAGUAUUAACUUUGGUUCACACCCUUUAAUUGCCUAGUUUGGGAUUGUGAAGGUGAAGGUAAAAAAGGGAGUAUUACAUACGUUUUGUACCUUUAUUGAAUUUAAGUGACUGUAGUCUAAAUGCCAAAGUUUUUUCAUCUACCUAGCCAAUUAAUAUUAUGAAUACAUAAAUGUUUGACAUUUGUUUUAUUAUUCAGUAAUGUACACAUCUUUUUAUUAUUAUUCAGAAAUGUAGCCAUUAACAUUGUCCAGAGUUCGUAGUUUAAAUUAGCUAGCUGCUAAGAUUUAUUAAUUUAAAUAUUUCAAUUGUUUUAAUUAUUAAUUCACCAGUGAAUGAAUAACAUGUAGGGCUAGUUUCACUAACUCAGAUUAAACCUAGAGUAGGACUAAAAUGCACUUUGAUUAGGAAAUCUCCUUUCGAAGUGCUUUUUAGUCUUGGAGAAGGCCUAAUCUGGAUUUUAUUGGAAGUCAAUAUUCGCUAACUCUGUUUGGGACUCUAUACUCUUGGGGAUUUAAUUUAUUUAUGUAUUUAUUUUUAACAAAAGGGAAAAGGCACUUAAAAAGCUUUUCCCUUCCACCAAUAAAAGCUGUAGUUUUUGGUCAUGUGAAAAAACCUUUUGGUAUCUAGGGGAAACUAAAAGAUAGUGGCAGCUUUGGUACACAUGGUAGAAAGCUAUUACUUCAGGCAGAUGUAAGAAUAUUUUAAGAUUUUCAGCAUAAAUGACAAGCAUGUCUAAUAAUUUAAUCAGUAUUGUACUAUUUUAACCUAUGAGAUGAAACUUGUUAAAACAAUGAAAACAAUUAAAUACUUAACGCUUACACAUUAAUAAGUAUUCAUUGUGUUAUUUUGUGAUGUUAUGGGCAAUAAAAAGACAUUUUGUCUUAUUAUAGGGAUUUCAGGGGAAAAAUUAUCCCUAAUCGGCUAUAAAGUAAUUUAUAAGUAACAGUCACCCACAUUUCAAAUUUGAAACAUUUUUGGCAGAAUAGACCUAAAGAAACUCAUCAGUGAUUUCACCUGCUAUUUUGUAAUUACUCCCAUAGAGGACUAAAAUACCUACUUUAUAAUCUACCUUUUUGAUAUCUCUAUGGUUGCACAACAAUGGGGCUGAGUGGGUUAUUCAGUGUGCUCAAUGACUUUCAUGAAAAUGCUUCUUGUCAUCCCCUGGCUUUAGGUAUUACCAAGCUAUGACUUCAUAUGUUCCUUAAUCAUCAAAUUGUGUGUAAUUAACAUUUAUUGUACCACAUUUUCUUACUUGUGAGCUCCCAUCUGAUUUCCACUUGCCCUCAAUGGCUGCUCAGUUCCACAGCUUUGUUCAUGGGUAGUGUAAAAAAGCACACAAAAAAUCCAAGCUACUCAUGCAUACCAACCACUGCCUAUAAGUAAUGAAUUAAAACAUGCAAAAUCCAAGUUAAAUCCAAGUCAAACAACACAUCUUAGCUCACACAAAUGAAACAUGUAGGCUAACUUGGCCCUGUGUUUUUUUAUUUUUUAUCUUACCAUCUGAACAAAACAUGGUCAUUCAAACUUUCCCCUAUACUGCAAUACCUAUCUUUACAUUAGCCAGGCCUUCAAACAAAUAAAAACAGUGCUUCCAAAAUUUUAAGCAUAUUUUCAAAUUCUGUUGGUUGAAUGAUCUAUACAUGUAGCAGUUUGCCAUGACUAGAAAGAAAGUUAAACCAAGCAGACUGAUGUACAGCAUGUCUAUAUUUUUUUUAUUGUUAUAAUUGUUAAUAUCACUUCAGUACAAACUUAAAGAGAGGGGUUGGGAGACAGAGCAGAGGCCCACAUAUUCUGCACGUAACACAUCUUCUUGAUGGGCCUUUAACUUGCUGAAACUCAUUUUCCUUAGGCUCAGGGUCAUGCCAAUGGACGGAAGUCCCUGUUCGUAGCUUGCAGUUCUGCCGUAUAUUUUAUUGUGUUUUAUUCCAAAUAUGCCUUAGUUGCCUUGCAAAGUGGAGAUGGACAUUUCUUGUUUUGCUGAUAAUGCAUAUUGUUGCCUACCAUUUAUUUUUGAUUAUAUAGACUGCAAUGUCACUGCAUUUAAGACUGAUGUAAAAGAGCAACUACAGAAUGUAGCCUAUCUCUAAACACAGGACCAUGUUUGGGUGUCUGAGUAUUGAUUAAGAAUUAUGUAAGAGAAUAUUUUGGUUGGAUUUACUGUAUGGAUACUUCAGCCAGUACUUACCUAUCCUUUAAGCACAUUGCCCUAGUGCAGUGAUGUGCUUGAUAUUUGAAUAGAAAGCAUACAUUCCUUUGUAACUGCAUUAGUUUUGUGCAUCCCUUGUCAAGCUGAAACCCCUUUAAAAUAUUAUAAUCAAUUUUGGUGCUUGUGAUUUAGUUUCGUCUUGAUUUAGUUACAAUCGCAGAUAAUAUAUUUAUUAUAGAAGUUUGUUGCUCAUAAUUAUGUGCAAGGGGUCAGUCAGUGCAUAACUGACUAAGCCAAGGUCCAAAGGGAAUGAAUACACCUAGCAUGGAGAAAUUAGGUGAGGGUUGACCUGCUGUGGCUGUGACAGCUUAUUCAUUCACUAACAUUACACAAGGGCAAGGGAAAUUCCUUAGGAAAACAAUGUGGUGAUCAGUAACAGAGACCUGUCUGACCCUGGCCCUUCCUAUAGUGUUCGAGUGAGCAGGAAAUGGGUUUGUUGGUUAGAGGCAGCUGGGUGCACCAGAGUGGUGGGCAGGAGAGGGGAGAAUGGAAGGGCUUAGAUUAUUAUGUCCACUCAGAGCGAGUUCCUGGAGUUCUGCAAAAACGAGCACCCUUCUCAUGGUAUUUUGGACAAGAGGAUCUAAUGAGAUCGGUGCUUUAUUUUUGUGUCAGUGUAAACUGAGACUCACUGUGGCUCACUGAGACAGGAUGACCUGAGGCUGACCUUUCUUCAAAUACUUCCCUCAAACUGGGAGCCACCAAUCCUCUUACUCCUAACCACCCACCGUCCCCCUCUCAAAACCUGCACAGUCUUAAGCUAUUCUCAGUGACAUCACUAGGAACUAAGUAAUUCAUGCCAGCCAAGUGAACAUAUACAACUAUACAAUGACUUUGUAUGUGAGUGACCUUGUUGUUUAACCUGAAGUAACAGGUUCAGUCUGUUCUACUGUAAGAAAGAAUGUGUGAGCUGUGUUCCAGUUCUUGUAUAUAAAAUUUACGUUUACAGCCAUCAGUGUGAGCGAAUGGGUCAUGUCUGAACAUAUACUGUGUAAAUAUUUGCGGAUAAAUGUAUAUUAUAUGGGCCUUUGUGGAAUAAAGAGUGUAUUUUACUGCAGCUGAUGCUGUUGCUUAUACUGUACUCAAUAAAAGUUCAAUUAUAUCAAUCAA